AUGUACUGGAUGGCAUUGAGGUCGUCGGCAGCAAGGUGGUCCCAGUCGGGGCAGUGUCGAUGUGGCUCGGAGAGGGCGGAGCCCAGUGGAGACAACUUGAGAGACAUCAUGAAGCUCAUUCCCGAAAUUGUGGAAGAACGAGGCAAGCUCCCCGGCGGUGCGCGGCGUCCGCCUGGUGAUGCAGUUGAGGUAAGAGCACAGCGUCAGCAGGGGAUCCUCGCCGCCGCAGGUGGGAGUGAGGAUGGUGAGAAGAAUGUUGCCAGUUUGCUGAGAUACAGGCAAAUCACUGUGCUUGAAUCCCAUGUUGACACGGCUCUUGCGGCAGAUGUUGCACGAGUCGAAGGGAUGAGUCUGGAACUUGGAGUCGGGGCCGUCAGUCAGGAAGGCCUGGAGGGGGGACGGAAUUUUGGCACCAUUUCCAUACUUAUAAUCCUGCCAGCCACCAUCAGAUUCCCCUCGAGAACACUGUGA